AAGGGCUGCCUGCGCGCCGGUCUUGCAGUCUUGCCCGCGGCGCGCACGCAGCUCCGCCGUCUCUUGUUAUAAUGCACAUAGUGGAGUGACGCGGAGCCAUCGACACCAUGGUGCUAUGUCCGCCCUUCAAGUGGGCCUCCAAGGGUGGGUUCUCGCUGAACAACCAGGUGCCACCCGAGCGCAACCUCGCCAGACCCCGCGAGACCAUUGUUGUAUUACCUGAAAACAAUAUAUUCGACCCGUCACAAAAUGGAGGCAUGCAAAACGGGAGCUCGUUACCAUCCAAAAGUGUUAGUACUCUAUCAGUGGACCAAGCGAUGUCCAGCAAGAAAUCGAGUUACAUGAGCAUUCAGAGUGGGAAGUCGUCAUCCUCAGACAGUGAGACCGUGGAGGGUCGCAGGAGCAGCGCUGCCCACAAGACAGUAUCGGAGAUCGUGCAAGUUGAUACGAAAACGCGCGCACGCCGCAAACAAGGUGUAAUAGCGCCGCACACGCCACUCGACGCCACAAGAUCUUUAGUAGACUUACAAUACCCUAAAUAUGAAAAGGAUGAAGUGUCAGAAGAACAAAUUAGAAAAGCAGUAAUGGCAAACGAUUUCCUAAAGAAUCUUAUGGACGAUGAGCGGUUGAAAGCUGUGGUGGAGGCGAUGGGUCCUCAGGAGUACAAGGCAGGAAGCCUCAUAGUGCGGGAGGGCGAGAGUGGCAGCCAUCUAUUCGUCUCCGCUUACGGCCAAUUUGAAGUGCUCAAAAGCGGGCAAGUGGUGAAGACCUUUGGCCCAGGAGAAGCGUUCGGGGAACUCGCAAUUCUGUAUAAGGCUAAACGCUUUGCGUCCAUACGGUGUAUAACAGAGGCGAAGGUAUGGACGCUGGAACGGCGGGUGUUCCAGAAGAUCAUGGUGAGGAGCGGUCGCCAGGAGCAGGAAGACAACGUACGGUUCCUCUCCUCCGUGCCUCUGCUGCAGGGCAUACACCCCAUAGAGCUCGCUAAGAUUUCUGAUUUCCUCAAACGGGAAUUCUUCUCAGCCGGUACACCGGUGGUACGACAAGGGGACCGAGGGGAUAAGUUCUACAUUAUCCGCGGCGGCACGGUGGUGGUGACGAAGAGGGAGGGCGACGGGGGCGAGCGGCGCGUGCGCACGCUUUGCCGCGGCGACUACUUCGGCGAGCAAGCGCUGUUGCACGAGGACCGGAGACUUGCUACUGUCACUGCGCAGCCGCCGGGGGUCGAAUGUUUGACGUUGGAACGGGGACCAUUCACAGAGUUGCUCGGUAACUUAGAAGAGUUGAAAUCUAUUCGACACACGAUACCACGGCCUUCUCAACAAAAGAAAACAUCGCAAGUUAAAAGUGAAUUCGAGUUCGUGCAGCUGAAGGACUUGGAAAUUGUGGGCACCCUGGGCGUGGGCGGGUUCGGGCGAGUCGAGUUGGUGCAGUACAAGGCCGACCACUCGCUCACCUUCGCGCUGAAGUGCCUCAAGAAGGUGGAGAUGGUCCAGCAACAGCAGCAGGAACACGCCUUCAAUGAGAAACACAUCAUGAUGGCAUGCAACAGUCCCUUCAUUUGCAGAUUAUACCGCACGUUCAAAGACAACAAGUACAUAUACUUCCUGAUGGAACCGGUGCUGGGCGGCGACGUGUGGACGAUCCUACAGAAGCAACGAUGCUUCGCGGAGCACGUUGCCAAGUUCAUGGCCGCCUGCGUGGUAGAAGCCUUCCAGUAUCUGCACUCCAAGGACAUCGUCUACCGAGACCUUAAGCCUGAGAACCUUAUGUUGGACAAAAAUGGAUAUAUUAAAUUGGUGGACUUUGGAUUUGCGAAACAAAUCCCGGCCAACAACAAGACGUGGACGUUCGCUGGGACGCCGGAAUACGUAGCGCCUGAAAUUGUACUUAACAAGGGCCAUGAUCGCGCAGUGGACUGUUGGGCAUUAGGAGUGUUCAUCCACGAGCUGAUAGUAGGGAAACCUCCAUUCCGAGCCAGUGGAGGCGACCACAUGAAGACCUACACCCUCAUUCUUCGCGGUAUAGAUGCCGUCAACUUCCACCCGCGGGUGCCCAAGUCAGCACAACUCCUGAUCAAGAAGCUUUGCCGCCCCGUCCCAGCUGAACGACUAGGAUACUUAAAGAACGGAAUGGGUGACGUCAAAAAUCACAAAUGGUUCUUGGGUUUCGACUGGGAUAGUCUUCGCAAACAGAAGAUGAAGGCUCCUCUCAUCCAGCCGGUGAACAGCAACACAGACCUCACCAACUUUGAGAAGUAUCCGAAGGACAAACUACCUCCGGAUGAGACUUCGGGAUGGGAUAUUGAUUUCUAAGAAGUACAAUAAUCCGAACGAAAAUAUAAUUGUGCGUCUUUGCGCUUUGCUGCAAAUCCUUUUUGUAAUAUAUUAGAUAAACCUAAUUUAAUUCUUGACCGACUGUCCUUUUUUACUUAAAAUAUAAGUACUUUACUAAAUAAUUAGAUUAGGUAUUGUCGUUUGUGCCUAGGCUAGUAAUUUUACAAAUAUAAAUAUAAUAAAUAUGUACUGGAAACGACUGUCUAGUUCUUGACUUUUCUUGUCACAUAAAACUGACAAUAAUAAUUUUGCCAAAUAUAAAUAUUAAUAAGUACUUUCAUCUUAGGAAUAAGUGCGGUAAUUAAGGGACUAAUUUGACAAAAUUAGUUGCGUUGCUGCAACCAGGCUGUCAUGCGACGGUCAUCGUGACUCGGGUGAGAGCCUUCAGCGCUCCCCAUUUGUCCGGCCAAGUAGUUAAUGCCAUCUGCGGCAAAUCUACAAUAAGUCACAUCAAAAAACAAAAAAGAUCAUCGUGACUAAUUUACGCCCUACCACCGCUAUCAUCAUCACCAGUCCAUUAACGUCCCCACUGCUGGGGCACGGGCCUUCCCUAUGGAUGGAUAGGGAGAUCGGGCCUUAAACCACCACGCGGGCCCAGUGCGGAUUGGUGGUUAUUAACGACUGCUAAUGCAGCCGGGACCAACGACUUAAUACCAAUAUAAUUACACCGCUAUAUACCAGUAUAAUUUAAAUAAUGAGUAAGUACUUAUUAUUUUUAUUAAGUACCUAUAUUUGUAGAUACUGUGUUUUGUAAACGAUGAAUAACUAUUUUACAAGUGCAAUAAAGAUAUUUUUUACGUUACAAUUA